GCCCCCGCUAGCAGUCAGGGGGCGGGGCCGGGGGGGAGGAGGUGGAGAGUGAGGCCGAGGGGUGGGGAGCCCGGGAACUCCCUCCUCCUGAAGUAACGCGUCCCGGGCCGGCUCUGCCGUCGUUGCUGCCGCCGGGCGCCCCGGGACGAGGAGGUGGAGGAGGGAGAGGGCCCGCGGGCCUCGCCUCCGCCCUCCGCCCCCUCCCGCCACCUCGAGCUGCGGUAGCAGCGACUCAUGAGAGCGCGGCCGGAGGACAGAUUUGAUAAUGGGCUGCAUUAAAAGUAAAGAAAACAAAAGUCCAGCCAUUAAAUACAGACCUGAAAAUACUCCAGAGCCUGUCAGUACAAGUGUGAGCCAUUAUGGAGCAGAACCCACUACAGUGUCACCAUGUCCAUCAUCUUCAGCAAAGGGAACAGCAGUUAAUUUCAGCAGUCUUUCCAUGACACCAUUUGGAGGAUCCUCGGGGGUAACGCCUUUUGGAGGUGCAUCUUCCUCAUUUUCAGUGGUGCCAAGUUCAUAUCCUGCUGGUUUAACAGGUGGUGUUACUAUAUUUGUGGCCUUAUAUGAUUAUGAAGCUAGAACUACAGAAGACCUUUCAUUUAAGAAGGGUGAAAGAUUUCAAAUAAUUAACAAUACGGAAGGAGAUUGGUGGGAAGCAAGAUCAAUCGCUACAGGAAAGAAUGGUUAUAUCCCGAGCAAUUAUGUAGCGCCUGCAGAUUCCAUUCAGGCAGAAGAAUGGUAUUUUGGCAAAAUGGGGAGAAAAGAUGCUGAAAGAUUACUUCUGAAUCCUGGAAAUCAACGAGGUAUUUUCUUAGUAAGAGAGAGUGAAACUACUAAAGGUGCUUAUUCCCUUUCUAUUCGUGAUUGGGAUGAGGUAAGGGGUGACAAUGUGAAACACUACAAAAUUAGGAAACUUGACAAUGGUGGAUACUAUAUCACAACCAGAGCACAAUUUGAUACUCUGCAGAAAUUGGUGAAACACUACACAGAACAUGCUGAUGGUUUAUGCCACAAGUUGACAACUGUGUGUCCAACUGUGAAACCUCAGACUCAAGGUCUAGCAAAAGAUGCUUGGGAAAUCCCUCGAGAAUCUUUGCGACUAGAGGUUAAACUAGGACAAGGAUGUUUUGGUGAAGUGUGGAUGGGAACAUGGAAUGGAACCACGAAAGUAGCAAUCAAAACACUAAAACCAGGUACAAUGAUGCCAGAAGCUUUCCUUCAAGAAGCUCAGAUAAUGAAAAAAUUAAGACAUGAUAAACUUGUUCCACUAUAUGCUGUUGUUUCUGAAGAGCCAAUUUACAUUGUCACUGAAUUUAUGUCAAAAGGAAGCUUAUUAGAUUUCCUUAAGGAAGGAGAUGGAAAGUAUUUGAAGCUUCCACAGCUGGUUGAUAUGGCUGCUCAGAUUGCUGAUGGUAUGGCAUAUAUUGAAAGAAUGAACUAUAUUCACCGAGAUCUUCGGGCUGCUAAUAUUCUUGUAGGAGAAAAUCUUGUGUGCAAAAUAGCAGAUUUUGGUUUAGCAAGGUUAAUUGAAGACAAUGAAUACACAGCAAGACAAGGUGCAAAAUUUCCAAUCAAAUGGACAGCUCCUGAAGCUGCACUGUAUGGUCGGUUUACAAUAAAGUCUGAUGUCUGGUCAUUUGGAAUUCUGCAGACAGAACUGGUAACAAAGGGCCGAGUGCCAUAUCCAGGUAUGGUGAACCGUGAAGUAUUGGAACAAGUGGAGCGAGGAUACAGGAUGCCGUGCCCUCAGGGCUGUCCAGAAUCCCUCCAUGAAUUGAUGAAUCUGUGUUGGAAGAAGGACCCUGAUGAAAGACCAACAUUUGAAUAUAUUCAGUCCUUCUUGGAAGACUACUUCACUGCUACAGAGCCACAGUACCAGCCAGGAGAAAAUUUAUAAUUCAAGCAGCCUAUUUUAUAUGCACAAAUCUGCCAAAAUGUAAAGAACUUGUGUAGAUUUUCUACAGGAAUCAAAAGAAGAAAAUCUUCUUUACUCUGCAUGUUUUUAAUGGUAAACUGGAAUCCCAGAUAUGGUUGCACAAAACCACUUUUUUUUCCCCCAAGUAUUAAACUCUAAUGUACCAAUGAUGAAUUUUCCAACGUACUUCAGGGUCCAAAGAAAAUAGAGCUAAGAUACUGAUAACAGUGUGGGUGAUAGCAUGGUAAUGAAGGACAGUGAGGCUCCUGCUUAUUUAUAAAUCAUUUCCUUUCUUUUUUUCCCCAAAGUCAGAAUUGCUCAAAGAAAAUUAUUUAUUGUUACAGAAAAAACUUGAGAGAUAAAAAGCUAUACCAUAAUAAAAUCUAAAACUAAGGAAUAUCAUGGGACCAAAUAAUUCCAUUCCAGUUUUUUAA